GGGGCGCCGACCCGGACUGGCGCCCCUGGCCGUUUGGCUCCGCCUUCCAGAGCGCUGAAUGUGGGAGCGGGACCGGCGGCAGGCGCCCGCUGACCUUAGGCCGGCCCAGCCCAGCCUGGAGACGUGGCAGAGCCUGCGGGGAGGCCGCUGCCUCCAGGAACAGGAUUUCGGCAGCUUCGGCCUUCUCUCGGCUCUGGGGUGCACACCCCGGGCCCGCCCUUGGGAAGUAGCUUGUUUUCCCUAGGUUUCUCCAGUCGGGCCGAGCCCCUUUCCAGAGGGUGUUUGCCUUCUGCUGUCUCUUUGUUUCUCCCUGGAGCCAAGUCUUUAGGCAAGUUUGCAGGAAAGCUCCUCUUCUAGAUUGGCCGAGUGAUAUAUCCAUUUCUGCAUUUCAAAUAAACCAUAACUGAAGAAAAAUGAUGGAAGAGAGCGGAAUAGAGACCACCCCGCCUGGGACUCCUCCUCCACAUCCUGCAGGACCAGUUGCGGCUGCUGUGUCUUCAACCCCCCUUCCUUCAGCUGCAACCGGUUCUUUUUCUUCUCCAAAUGUGUCCUCCAUACAACCCUUGCCGCCGCACGUGUAUGCCACCCCCCAGCCGCCCGUCCCUCCCGUGAGGCCCUCUGCACCCUUGGUGCCGCCUUCACCCGUCCCUUCUGUCCCAGCGCUUGCUGCCUCCGUGCCACCUCCGGGUUCGCCAGCACCUGCUGCCGCCUUCACUAGCCCUCCUCUGUCCCACUUCCCUCCUCCAUCUUCUGCCCCAAACACGCUCUUAUCUGCACCCUCUUCUGGUCCUCCCACAUCGGGGUUUUCUGUUGGGGCGGCUUAUGACAUUACAAGGGGACAUGCGGGAAGAGCUCCCCAGACACCCCUGAUGCCGUCGUUCUCUGCACCUCCCGUCACAGGUAUUUUGCCGACUCCCAUUACUCAGCAAGCCAGUUUGUCAUCUCUGGCACAGGGACCUGGAACCACAUCAGCCAUUACUUUUCCAGAGGAACAAGAAGAUCCCAGAGUUGGUAGAGGUCAGGAUGAAGCAUCUGCUGGCGGACUCUGGGGUUUUAUUAAGGGUGUGGCCGGAAAUCCCAUGGUGAAAUCUGUGCUUGACAAAACAAAACAUUCGGUAGAAAGUAUGAUUACAACGUUGGACCCUGGCAUGGCUCCGUAUAUCAAAUCUGGAGGUGAACUGGAUAUCGUAGUGACCUCGAAUAAAGAAGUGAAAGUUGCCGCCGUCCGAGAUGCCUUCCAGGAGGUCUUUGGCUUAGCUGUGGUGAUAGGGGAAGCUGGACAGUCCAAUAUUGCCCCACAGCCGGUCGGGUAUGCAGCUGGGUUAAAAGGCGCCCAGGAACGGAUAGAUAGUUUGCGUCGAACUGGAGUGAUCCAUGAAAAACAGAUUGCUGUGUCAGUAGAAAACUUCAUCGCAGAAUUGCUACCUGACAAGUGGUUUGACAUUGGCUGUUUGAUAGUUGAAGAUCCUGCCCAUGGCAUUCACCUUGAAACGUUUACCCAGGCCACGCCAGUGCCUUUGGAAUUUGUACAACAGGCUCAAAGUCUCACUCCCCAAGACUACCAUCUGAGGUGGUCAGGCCUUUUGGUGACGGUGGGUGAAGUUCUGGAAAAGAGCUUAGUAAAUGUCACCCGGACUGACUGGCACAGGACGUUCACUGGCAUGUCUCGGCGACAGAUGAUCUACAGUGCGGCCAAAGCCCUUGCCGGCAUGUAUAGACAGCGCCUGCCCCCCAGGACCGUGUGAGGGAACGCUCGCCCCGGGCACGGAGACUCCUUCGCUUGGGGCCUGGUGGUAUUUAGACCUUGUACCUCCCCUAAGUGGACAGCUUCAGUGAACGCAGCUGUCUUGAUAGUUUGUGCGCUGCGGUUGUUCUUUUUUAGAAAGGCACGGGGUCAUUCCAGUAGAUGAAAAGAAACAGAUCCUUUCUUUGAUCGCGUCAUUUCGUGUACCACAGUUCUUAAAAAAGAAAAUCUAUAAAUAUUUUUAUAAGAUACUUUGAUAUACCAAAUUUAUAAGGUGCAAAUUCAUGUGCCUACUACAUUUAACUUAAGGAUAUGUACUUGAUUUUUUUCGUUAAGAAGACCUAACUCAUUAAAGAACGUGUCAUUGUUUCUUCUAUUUCAAGAUUAAUCUCUUCCUUCUUAGUUUUUGAUGCUUCUUGUGUGUGCAGGUGAUCGGUCAGACACUGAGCCAUGUGCUCAUAGUUGACCCUCAGACACCUUGCAGGGAGAUGGUUUGCAUUUCUGUGCAUAUUUUUUACAUGGGCCAAAAUAAUGAAAUUGAUAGUUUUGUUGGUGUUAUCAUGUACACAGAUACAUAGUCUAAAAAAGGAAAAAAAGAUUUUUUUCGAAGUUUUGGCAUUUCACAGAUUUAUACUCUCAAACAUUGGCGUGAUGGGUGUUCUUUGCUGUGGCUGUGGGACAACUAAGCGGCACAUGAUUCAAGUGUAUUUUACAUCAGAAACAUUUGGGUUAUUUUCAUAUAAUACUGUUCAGUAUUUCCAAGUAAACUCUGAUGUUGGCCAUUAUUUCUCUUUCCACUCGUGUUUUCUCAGCCGUUGUAGAGAAAUUGUUCAGAGGAAUUGCUUUGUUAUUUAUGGGAUUGUACGCCUCUCAUUUUAAUUAAGGUUACUUAAUAUUUAGUUUGCCUUAAACACUGCUUUUCUAACCUGGUGCCAUUCUGCCUUUACUCUUUAUGGAAAUUUUCAGUGAAACUAUUUAAUACUCAUUCUGGUUUAUCUACUUCAUUGUGUUUGUAUUUAGUGAAAGCUUCUUUUUCCCCCAAAUAAUAUAUUUUACCGUUUUUGAAUUUCUACAAAUCAAAAUUUAAAUAGUUUUGUCUUAUACUUUUGGACUCUAUAUAUGCAAGUUCAUAUAACUUUUUUGAAGACAGUUUCUUACCUAAAUGUAAUUUAAUUUUUAUUUACUCGUCUAUACAAGUCUUUAGAUGGACCAGAAUUAGCACAAUCUUAUAAAGGGUAUCAAAGCUCUUACCCUGCACUGUCAUUACAUGUACCAGUUUCUUUGUAUUGUUGAGUACUUAAUUGAUCUGUGCUAUUUUUUACCUGAGGAUGAGAAGCAUUAAUGUCACAACUGUGGUUUGGUGAAAUUCAGACUUGUUUGUCAUUAAAAGUAAUGAGAGAGAGAAAAGACUUGUAACCAGCUGCUGUGGCGUAAUAGGGAUCGAAUACUUUUCUCUCCUCUUUUAUUGCUAUUUGUGGAACAGUCUAUCUAUGUUUCCUCCAUCUUGUUAAUAAAAAAGAGCUUUUCUCUACCAUGUACUUUUCUCCUUUAUUUUUAAAAAGGUACUCUUAGCUAACGGUAUUUUAUUGCGGCAUUGGCCUGAGGAGAAAACACUGUUAGGGAUGAAGGGUGCCCCUACCAUAUUUCUGCCGCUUUCCCUCCUGUUAUAGCGAAUUUUAUAGAUCCUAAGGAAUGUCUGUUUUAUUUUAGCAAGUCGCAAAUAUUUUAUGUUUUUAAGGACACAACAACGGACCUCCCUCAGAUGACAGUUUUCCCACAGUUCUCCAGUUAUUCAUUUCUUCUGCCACUUGGGUGAAGGAAGCCAAGUGAUCUCCCUGCUCCUGCCAAUUUGCUGAGCCUUCCGUUCUCUGGAUCCGGGAAGGGCACAUGUGAUCUGGUUCUGGCCUCUGGAUUCCUUUCUCGGCCAUUGAAAGGCAUCUGAGCGUGACUGCCUGCACACAUGCUGUAUUCCCAACCUCAGGCUUAUUUUUUCAUUGUUAGCUUUCUUUGUUGUACUCGGAGCGAGAAGAGUAACGCGUGAUCUUGUUCACGCCCUGGCAGCGGCAGGCAGGCAGGGUUUCCUUGUGCUGACAUAAGAUAACUCAGGUCAUCCGUCAGCCCAGGGGCUCUUUGCUUUUUUGUCCCUCAAGCUUCUCAGGAAAACCAGACUUUAACAUGGCUCUUUACUUCCGGCCACGAUACGUUUUUCUUCUGAAGUGCUCAAGUAAUUACUUAACUGAAUUCUCUCAGCUUGUACACUUUUAAUUCAGUAGUGUCCAAGACAACAGGAAAAAUGCAGGAAGAGUCAUGUAACCUCAGUUGACAGAAGGUUCUCAGAUGGUUCAGUUCAAGACCCUCCUCUUAAUAAGCUUGUCACGUAACCCCGGUCCCAGAGCUUUGCCACGGACUCGUGUAGUUGGAAAGCUUCAGGUAGUCUUUGUAGUUUUCCCCUCCUGGUCUCUUUACUACUUCUCCAUUCUCUGUUCCUUUUUAUCUCAAGGAUUAAUGAGGUAGAAAAUCGAGAUGACUGAAUAUACAGCCAAAUGGUAGUGCAAUUCUAAGUUUAAGGAAAGUAUUAUAUGCAUGUAUUCAAAAAUUAUGCAAAUUCGUGAUAUACUCAGGGUCAGAUAAAUUACUUUAAUAUGUCGUUGAAUUUACUUUGUUCCUCAACUACAAAAAACCCGAAACCGGUAUAUGUGUUCUCUGAAGCCAAAUUGGUAUUUUGUGACCCAAGAGAUGUUGGGUUAUGUAUAAAUUAUUUAAAAACUUGGAUUUUUUACUCCCAGAAUAUGAUGUUCAUUCUUCAGAUCCUAUGCAGGAUGACAUAUUGGAUAAAAACAAUUUUGUAAGUAUGUAAAUAUGUCAUAAAUAAAUAAUACCUCAGUUUAUUGCC